AUGAGCGCAUCUCCAGAGGUGGACACAAUACGAGCUAGGGCUUUGCAGGCAGCCCAAUAUUAUCAUAAAAAUGUUUUACCGAAUGGGGGUAGUAUCACAGGCAUAACUACACCCCCUCCUCAUCCUCCACCUCAACAUUCAGCAUUUCUCAGGGCUAGUAAAGAUAUGCACAGGUCAAGUCUACGAGUGAAUGGAACAGUCCGUACUGGCGAGGAUGCAUUGCGAGCUGGGGUGACUCCCAACAGUGAGAAAACACAUUUAAUGAUGAAAGCACAAGGUUCAGAAUAUGGAAGUAAUAUGAGACUUGGAGAUUACAGACCUCCAUCAAAUCAGAGCAUUGAACAUCAUGAUAAAAAACCCACUCCAACGGGUGAUCAUAGGAUCACUCCACUGCCUUUUGAAGGUGCAAUGACUCAUAAUUCAUCAAGUAAUUAUAUCAGCAUCAGAGGCUCUCCGAAACUAAGCAACCGAACUAUACAUCAUAACCGAUCUAAUACCUACCCAGAUGCCAGGUCGAAUGACCGGACUGAUUCAGCAUUCACUCAAGUGCACGCCAAGGAAUCUCGGAAUGAGAGACUUCAUCCAAGUAACUUUAGUGGACAUAGCACCAAGCGACAUAACACAAGCCCUGAUAACAGGUAUGAUGUGUUUAAUAAAAGUCGACAGGACAAAAAUGGUGCACUGACCACAGACAAUAUUAAUUUGCACAUGAGAAAUGAAUAUUUUAAGGGUGAUUUUCCUGUUAGGAGGAGCAAUAGUAAUUCUACAUUGAACGAUACCCUGGAUCGCUUGGGAAGUUCUUCCCAUGUAGAUGCAGUACCACAUCGGGAAUAUGGGAGUACAUCUUCCAUGGAUAUGCAUAGCAUCAGUGGAGAAAGUUUUUUCCAAAUGUUGCGUGAAUUUCGGACUGAUAUUGAUCAGCGGAGCCCAGCUCCUCCACAGUUGGAAAAACUCCUGGGUGGUGGCCAUGUGACUUUUGCCACAAAAGUUGUCACCCAUACAACCUCAAGUUCUAAAACAACAAUAGCUUCAGCUGAACUUAAACCUGUCACAGAAGUUAGUGCAAGCCCCAAACUGGCAAGGAAAAAUACCAGCAAAAAGGAAAAGGAUAAGGAGAAAGAGAAGGAUAACAAUAAACCCUUGAAAGUUAAAUCUCAGUCAGGAGAAAAGUCUUUAUUUAGUAAACUGCGGGGAAGUAAAGGAGAGGGUGAUAGUAUGGAUUCAGAUUUACAGAGAAAGUUAGAGGAAAGGGCCAGGCAAAAAGCAUUUGCUCACUAUGACUGUCAAAGUAUGGCAGUUGAUCUUAACGAUGUUAUGAAAAAUAGCCAGCAGGUGGGAAGACGGAAAAAUACAACUACAGGGGCAUCUGCAGCAUCUAGGGGUAGUAAUCCGAAUACACCACAGGGUAGCCGUGAAGACCUUUCUGAUGAGGAUGCAGACUAUGGCGAUAAUAAAAAUAAUGACCUAGUUCUGAGCUGCCCAUAUUUUCGAAAUGAAAUAGGAGGGGAAGAAGAACGGAAUAUUAGUUUAUCCCGAGUCUCUGUGGAUGGUGCGAGACCUAGUCAAAGGGGUUCAUAUGAAGCCAUUUUAGAAGGUGCCAAAGUGGGACUUACUGGUGGAUCGCCAGGUUCUCCUGAUAAUCCUGCAUAUUGGACUCAGCCAGCAAUUGAACGAGUGGACUAUGGAGCUCAUUAUUACAGAGAUUAUUUCUAUGGACAAGAACAUCAGAAUUAUUUGGGUAUUGAUGAGAAUCUUGGUCCAGUUGCUAUCAGUGUGAAACGAGAAAAGUUGGAUGAGAAGGAUGUGAUUGGAGGUGUGGGUAAUGCAAAUAAAGACAUUUCUACUGCACAGUACCAGUAUAGGAUUAUAGUUAGGACAAGUGAGCUAUCAACGCUAAGAGGGUCUAUACUCGAGGACUGCAUUCCAUCAGCUACGAAACAUGGCACAUCAAGAGGUCUACCUAUCAGAGAUGUAUUGGAAUACAUUGUACCGGAAAUUCAACUGUCAUCGCUCAGAACGUCUCUUAGUACGGAUAAAGUACAAGAACAGUUAAUGAAGUUAGAUGAACAAGGUAUCAAUAACAAAUACAAAGUUGGUGUGAUGUUUUGUAAAGCUGGUCAAAAUACUGAAGAAGAAAUGUACAAUAAUGAGAAUUCUAGUCCUGCUUUAGAUGAAUUUUUAGAAAGCAUUGGAGAGACAGUUAGACUCAAGAAUUUUGACAGAUACAGAGCACAGCUUGAUAACAGAACUGAUUCAACGGGUACACAUUCUUUAUACACAACUUACCAGAACAAUGAAAUAAUGUUCCAUUCUACAAUGCUGCCACAUACACCAAACAAUAAACAACAGUUACUUCGUAAACGUCACAUUGGUAAUGAUAUUGUAACGAUUGUCUUCCAAGAACCAGGAGCAAAGGCGUUUACACCUAAGACUAUUCGCUCUCAUUUCCAGCACGUUUUUAUCAUUGUACGUGUACAUCAUCCAAACACUGACAGUUUGUGCUACAGUGUUGCUGUAGCAAGAUCAAAGGAAGUCCCACCUUUUGGACCACCACUGCCAGAUAAUCCAACUUUUUCAAAAUCAAAAUCAUUUACAGAUUUUCUAUUAUCAAAAAUUAUUAAUGCAGAGAAUGCGGCUCAUAGAUCAGAUAAAUUUGUUGCAAUGGCCGUGAGAACGAGGCAAGAAUACCUAAGAGAUUUGGCUAAUAACUAUGUGAGCAAUACAACUAUUGAUAGUGGUACUAAGUUUACUAAAUUCACACUAUGGGACAAGAAGAAAGAGAAGAGCCAUCCCAAAGCAUUGCCAGAAACUAUCAGUAAAGGUGCCAUUAUAUGGAGAGUGCAGGUAGAAGAUUUUAGCCAGGCUGAGAGAUUAGAGUGUAUUCUCGGUAUUUCCUCAGAAACUUUUGUCCUUGUAGAUGUUGAAAGCAAAGAACCUGUCUUCAGUGUUCCUUGUAAGUCUGUCAUAGGAUGGACAUUACAAAAGAAUUGUUCUCUGAUCUCCCUGUAUUGUGGGAAUUUUGAUGGCUGCUAUUAUACUUGGAUAUCUAUAGUUAUAGAUGUAAUUUGUAAGGUAGCUGUGUGUACUCUGACACAUGAUCAGAUGAUAGACUUACUCAGGACAUCGAUGACUGUUAAAGUGGUUAUCAUACCCCCUCAUGAAGAUGGAUCACCUAGAAGAGGAUUACCAACUGUAGAGAUUACAGGAGUACCUGGCAAUUAUCAUAGCAUUGAUUUCUAUCAUAGAAACCAGUCAAGUAAAUUACAUCCAGCUAAGGGUCAAGCAAUUCCACCUUGUGUACCGGAAAGAGAACACAGUCCUCAUAGCAGGUCUUCCAGCUCACCAGCCAGUGUGUUAACUGGCACCAAGCUAACGCCUCCUGCAUCAAGAAAUGAACAGAAAUUAAGGCUACCUCCUGAUUAUUCCCUUUCAAAGAGGGACAACCCUCCAUCUUAUAAUGAAGCAAGGACCACAACAGCUGUGAACUUGGAACAACGAUUCCAAUCUAGUGAAGUGGAGAAAAGGAAAGAUGAUAAAAAUAUACAUGAUAAUGAACGUUAUCGGGGUGAGGGAGAUUCAGGGAGACAACGGCGUACCUCUGGCGACAGGUCACAGAAACCUAGUCACCAUUUAUCCAAUGAGAACCACAGUUCUGGACUUGAUUCUAGUCUGGAUAGCAGUCGAAUGUCCAGGGAAUCAGAUGCUAUGCUAUCCCGUGAAAGUCGGGAAAGGCAAAGUGCAAGAAGCAGUAAAAAUGCCAGACAUUUACAAAACAUGCAGGCUCAUGCUAAUAGACAGGGACAACAGUUUGCUGCAAACAGAUCAGCAUAUCAUGAUGCAAAGCAGACCAAUGCAAUGAGUCGUCUACCACUUAGUUGUAGUGCAGCUUCAGCAUUUACAGAGGCAGAAAAAUUCACACCUGCACCUAAGCAUGCCGCUUCAGUAUCAAUAUCCAGUGGGGAUACGUCAUUAACAAGUACCAGUGGAACAAGUACAAGUACUGCUACCAGUGAAGAGAAAUGGUAUGAUACUGGAGAUGAGUUCCAUGAAGAUGAGGUCUCAGGAAUCAUUGCAGCGGAUGUGACCUAUGACGCUGUUAGUCAGGACACUGCCAAUGUUAAAACACAUGCUAGAUACUGGGACACUGAGAGGCCUGCACAUGUGGAACAUUUAUCACAUCCCCCCAUUAAUCCUCCUUUUCUUCAUAAAACAUAUCCACCAAGAGAACGUGAUAUGCAUCGUAAGCACCAACCAGCUCUGCCUUCAGAAAACAGUGCAUUUGAGAAGCCUGUCAAUAGUAUUACAAAUCUUAGUGAGAUAUCUUCUCACUCUGGUAGUUCAAAUCGUUCCAGUCGGUCUCGGCAAAGUACACCAAGUCAGAUGGCUCAUGGAUCACGAAGUCCCUUGAUAGUAAGACAUGCAAUGCAUUCAGCUAGUCCAGAUAUCAGAGAGAUAAAGAAAAGUGUGUCAUCAAGUAGUGAUGGUAGCAGUCCUAAACCUUCAUCCAGGUUGAUGUCAUCAAAUGAAUCUCUAACAAGUCGUCUAAGACCAGGUGCUACAGCUAAAUCUGCACCUAAAUAUCCUGUACAUCAGCCAACCAGUAUCAAAGAAGACCUUUUAAAAUUAAUCAAUCCUGAUAUUCCUGAUAGUGAAAUAACACGAGGCUCCUCUAAGCCAAGACGUGCUGGAAUGCUGCAGUCAACACCUGCCACCUUUACAAGAUUAUCACUUCAUCGUACUCUCUCUGAUGAAAGUCUCUCUGGUGGUGGAACAACAAGGAAACUACGACGAGAGUCAGCACUAGAUGUACCAAAUGAUUUAAUAUUCACUAGUACAAAGAAAUCCACAUUCCCUUCAAGAAUGACUGUACAGACAACCAAUAUCAGAGGUGGGGAUCACACGGCUAUCGAUAAAACUGUUGUCAGUGGCAACUCCGGUGGAUCACUUUUUCCACUUCCCGAUUCAGGUUCCAGCCUAGAAUGGUCAAGUUUAGUAGAAACUGCGAAAAGCUUUGAAGGUUUAGAUAUGCAGAGUGUGAAAUCUGCCUCCAUUGGAACCCUGGAUGAGAUAGCAGAGUCGAUGCCUGAAUUCCAGUUACAACCGACUGCUACUAGCAAUACACGUCAGCAAACACAUCAUGUAACUCGGAACCAUGAACGAAGACAUACAGACUUGGCUUUUAGCAAUGGUUUUGAUAGCACAAAUAAGAUCAGAAGUGGAGGUGGAGAAAGGAAAGCAGAACUGAAUGCUGGUGAUCUUGAGAUACAGUUACAACAACUAACAAGGCAGUUAUCAAAGGAAAGACAUGAAAGGCUGGCCCUUGAAUCUGAAGUGAAUCAGUUAAGAGAAGACAACGUUAGACUCCAAGAAGAGUCACAGACAGCUGCAACUCAACUACGCAAAUUUACAGAAUGGUUUUUUAACACCAUAGACAGACAGUAA